UGUCCAGUUGCUUUGUGGAUCGAUACUCGCAUUCUGUGAGUCCUGCUUGCAACAGAUUGGAUAUACACUCACUGUAACAAUGCUCAGAGAUGUGCUGCUGACCACUUCAAUGGGUGGAAACAAAGCUUUCAUUCUACAAAAAUAAUUAAGUCUUUCUGAAGCAAGUGGAGCAAAUAUCCUAGUUGAAAUCAUAAGGAUAUGUGGCACAGAAGAUGGGGGAUUGGAACCUGCUGGGGAGCAUCUUAGAAGAGGUACAUAUACAUUCAACCAUUGUAGGAAAGAUCUGGCUAACCAUCCUCUUUAUUUUCCGGAUGCUUGUUCUUGGUGUGGCCGCAGAGGAUGUUUGGGAUGACGAGCAGAGUGAGUUUGUGUGUAACACCGACCAGCCUGGUUGUAAGAAUGUGUGCUACGAUGACGCGUUCCCCAUUUCUCUCAUCCGAUACUGGGUCUUACAAAUCAUUUUCGUGUCCUCUCCCUCCCUGGUAUACAUGGGGCAUGCGUUGUACCGCUUGCGGGCCCUCGAAAAAGAGAGACACAAGAAAAAAGCUUUCCUGAAGGCAGGGCUAGAGGGCACCGACCCGGUUCACGAGGACAGACAGAGGAUAGAGAGGGAACUAAGGAAGCUUGAGGAACAGAAGAGGGUAAGGAAAGCUCCACUCAGAGGCUCCUUGCUGCGUACAUAUGUGUUCCAUAUUUUGACCAGGUCGGUGGUGGAGGUUGGCUUCAUAGUGGGACAGUAUGCAUUGUACGGAAUCGGGCUGGAUCCUUUGUACAAAUGUGAGAGGCUGCCUUGUCCAAACAGCGUGGACUGCUUCGUCUCCAGACCAACCGAGAAGAACGUUUUCAUGAUUUUCAUGCUCGUCAUCGCUGGGGUUUCUCUGUUCCUGAAUCUCCUAGAGAUAUUCCACCUGGGCGUGAAGAAAAUCAAACAAAGCCUCAGUGGAAACAAAGGUGCAGACGAUGAUAGCUUGAUCGUGUUCAGGUCCAAAAAAAACUCCAUGGUUCAGCAAGUGUGCGUCCUCACAAACCCGUCGCCCCAGAAAACGAUGCAGCUCACUCAGACGGCCUACGCCGUGGUCCCAGAGGGCCAGGUGGAUGCCGUCCCCUUAUACAUGCCCUCGGCACCUCCUCAGAGCUCAGAGCGGUACCCCAGACAACUGAGUGUAGCCAGCCAACCCGAUCUUCAGCCGGGUGCAGCGGAGCGCAGCUACUCCCUGGACCGGAGGAAUCAGUCGUGCAGUAGUGAUGAUUCCAAUGGGCCCAAAUGCUCCGGCCAGCCCGAGCACGGUGGCGCACAGCCGCGACCUUCGCUCAUGGCCGGCCACAUGGAGAUACCCGCCGCCCUGCGCAACCAGAUGCGCAAACAGAGCCGGGUCAGCGCCCUGCAGGACCACAGCGACGCGAGUGACUCGCCCGACAGUGGCCUCUAUCCCACGGCUAGGAAGGCCAGCUUCAUGUCCCGGGGACUCUCUCAGACCAACCUAGCCAGUCCUCCUGAUAGCCUGGACUCUGGCAGCGGACCGGACGCAGAGGCCAAGCGUGUUGCCCAGGGGGAGAGUCCACCGAUGACCCCGCCACCAGCCGGAGGACGGAGAAUGUCAAUGAACGUGCUUCUGGAGCUGUCUUCAAUCAUGAAAAAGUGAGAUGUUGCUGAGGGACUAGAGGCGACGAACCCUUCUAACUGCCUAAUUGUGUUCAUAAUAACAUGUAUUGUGGACUAACAGUGAACGCUUUAGGACAAAUACUUUGGCAAUGGUAGUUCUACCUUCAAAUAGAUAUUUAUUUAUUGCGGUAUCUUUGCAAGUAUUAUCUGCUGCUUCAAAUGUAAUGGCAAUUGUGGAAUUGUACUCAUUUAUGACAGUGAUAUGAAUGCAAGUUACUUUUAGUGACAUUUUGCGGUCAUUAAACAGACAUUUGGCCCAAAACAAACAUGCACAUAAGAGAGUGGUCAAAGGAAAUGCUAUAUUUUGAAUCAAGAAUGCUGAUUGAUUAUGCAUGAGAAACACUGAGGGAUAUGAUAACUUCCACUAUAUACAUCUUAUCGCAUUUCGUUUGUUGUUAAAAGGACUGAUAUUAUGUGUCAAAAAGAAAAGUUAGUGAUAGAAGGGCUCCUCAAAUGUAACCAAAUGGGAAUUUACGUAUUGAUAAAUAUCUUGAAAUAUUUGUGAUAGUUAUUGAUGCAUUUUCUAUUCAGAACAAUGUUUUCAACACUUCACAUUGUUUGAUUGUUAAGAAAUAUAUAAUCUGUCUAAUUUGCUUUGCAUGAUGUAUUCUUUUCUGAGCUAUGAUGUAUUAUCUGCAAACAUUUCUAAUCCCUACCUUCUGAUCUGAUAUUAUUUUAAGCAGAUAAAAACACCUAUUAUUUUGAAAUGAUAGUGUAAAUGUACAGAUUGCUGUAUUUGAAAAACUAUGACUGAGGCAAAAAAGAAAAUGACAAAAUAAUUACA